GUUCAUGGUGGCGUGAGUGAGGAGGAGGGAGGGGGAGCGCUGCCUAUCCGAAGAGGGGGGUCCUCCUAAUCAGAGCGCAUCAGGGCCGUUCAGUCUCCACUGGAGGGCGAGUGGAGGUACAAGAGCACCGGGACACUCCGGGCCAGGCUGGAGACGGGAUAGAGCUUCAGCUGGAGGACACACACGCGCGCGCGCGAGCACAGAGGCGGAGAAAAGGGAGAGAAAUCCUGACCCGGAGUCACUCUUUUCUGUCCAACAACCAGCAUCUCUUUCCUACCGUCGGAUUAAAGCUCACCGAAUAUCACGCAGAGACAUGAGCCUCUCSCACUGAACGAUAUUGAUGCUGAACUGAGCAGACCAGUGUUAUCCUCCAGCAUCUCCCCUCCCCUCAGUAUUCUGACCCUCUGACACCUGGUCUGUGAGCAGCCAUGACAAAAUCCUAUGAGUUCAACUGGCAGAAGCAUCUGCCGGAGUUCAUGCAGGAAGGUGCCUCCUUCGACAGGUUCGAUGAGGACCCAUACAUCUUUGAGCCCAACUGUCAGAUGAAGGUGGACGAGUACGGCUUUUUCAUCACAUGGAAGAGUGAGGGAAAGGAGGGCCAGGUUCUUGAGUGUUCCCUCAUCAACAGUAUUCGUGUCGGUGCCGUCCCUAAGGACCCAAAGAUCUUGUCGUCGUUUGAGGCCAUGGGAAAGACGGAGGCGGAUUUGGAGGGAUGCAUUAUCUGCAUCUGCAGUGGCACCGACCUGGUGAACCUGAGCUUCAUGUUCAUGGUGGCAGAAAACCCAGACGUGGCCCGGAAGUGGAUUGAAGGUUUGAGGUCGGUGAUUCACAACUUUAAAGCCAACAAUGUUUGUCCAAUGACCUGCCUGAARAAACAUUGGAUGAGAAUGUGUUUCCUGACCAACGUUAACGGGAAGAUCCCUGUGAGAGGCAUUACAAGAACCUUUGCGUCAGGGAAGACAGAAAAGGGGAUCUUUCAGGCUCUCAAAGAUCUCGGCCUUCCGAGCGGAAAAAAUGACGAGAUUGAACCAUCAGACUUCACCUUUGAUAUUUUUUACGCCCUCACACAGAAGAUUUGCCCUCGCACAGAUAUAGAGGAUCUCUUUAAAAAAAUCAAUGGAAACAAAACUGAUUAUUUAACUGUAGACCAGUUAGUCAGCUUUCUGAAUGAAAACCAACGAGACCCGAGGUUAAACGAGAUUCUGUUUCCAUUCUACGACCCCAAAAGAGCCAUGCAGAUUAUCGAGAAGUAUGAAAGGGACGAAGAGCUGAAGAAGAAAGGUCACAUGUCCAGUGAUGGGUUCUGUCGCUACCUAAUGUCAGAUGAAAACGCUCCAGUGUUCCUGGACCGAUUGGAGCUGUACCAGGAAAUGGACCAGCCGCUGGCUCACUACUUCAUCAGCUCCUCUCACAACACCUACCUGACAGGACGACAGUUUGGAGGGAAGUCGUCAGUAGAGAUGUAUCGYCAGGUCCUGCUGUCAGGAUGCAGGUGUGUGGAGCUGGACUGUUGGGAUGGCAAAGGAGAGGACCAGGAACCCAUCAUUACUCAUGGCAAGGCCAUGUGCACAGACAUCCUGUUCAAGGAUGUCAUCCAAGCCAUCAAAGAGACGGCGUUUGUCACGUCUGAAUAUCCGGUCAUUUUGUCUUUUGAAAACCACUGCAGUAAACUACAGCAGUACAAGAUGGCCAAAUACUGUGAGGAGCUCUUCGGUGACCUUCUCCUCAGACAGCCUCUCGAGAACUACACGCUCGAACCUGGGCGUCCUUUACCCUCUCCAAACGACCUCAAAAGGAAAAUCCUUAUAAAAAACAAACGCCUAAAACCUGAAGUGGAGCAACGCCAGCUGGAGUCUCUGAAAAAGCACAUGGAAGCAGGAGAAACCAACACGCCUGCCAUCAUCAUGGGAGAAGAGGACGACACAGAGAACGUGAGUGUCGGAGAGAAAGAGGCUGAAGAGAAGGAUUUGAAUUCAGAGGCUCCCAGCAUUCUGUCAGAAGCAGCCAGCGAGAAGGAGACCAACAGUGUUUCACAGAGUAACGCCGUCAGCUCAGGGAGAGAGGAGGAGCGAAGCAACAGCAUCAAGAAGGUACCUGAUGAUGAAAUGACAGAGAUUUCUGAAGCAACAGAUGCCACAGAUAUCUCCGAGGCGUCGGAUCAGGACAACAACAAGAAGGCUGGGGACGUAGCAGAAGACUCUGAGGAGGCUCUAAUAGCUUCUUACCAGUACGAGUCUGCCACCACCAACAUCCACCCAUAUCUGUCAGCCAUGGUCAACUAUGCACAGCCCGUCAAGUUCCAGGGUUUUGAUGUGGCAGAGGAAAAAAAUAUCCACCAUAACAUGUCAUCGUUUAACGAGUCAGUUGGUCUGGGUUACCUGAAGACUAACGCCAUCGAGUUUGUCAACUACAACAAGCGUCAGAUGAGCCGUAUCUACCCUAAAGGAGGCAGGGUGGACUCCAGUAAUUACAUGCCUCAGAUCUUCUGGAACGCAGGCUGCCAGAUGGUCUCGCUCAACUUCCAGACCCCAGAUCUGGCCAUGCAGUUGAACCAAGGAAAGUUUGAGUACAAUGGUUCUUGCGGGUACCUGCUGAAACCAGACUUCAUGCGACGAUCCGACAGAACGUUUGACCCGUUCUCUGAGACGCCGGUGGAUGGCGUCAUCGCAGCAACCUGCAGCGUUCAGGUUUUCUCAGGACAGUUUCUGUCCGACAAGAAAAUUGGCACAUAUGUUGAGGUCGACAUGUACGGACUGCCGACUGAUACUAUCAGGAAAGAGUUCCGCACACGCAUGGUGAUGAACAACGGACUGAACCCUGCCUACAACGAGGAGCCCUUUGUUUUCAGAAAGGUGAUCUUACCAGAUCUGGCAGUGCUACGCAUUGCUGUGUACGACGACAACAACAAACUGAUCGGGCAGCGCAUCUUGCCUCUGGAUGGCCUGCAGGCUGGCUACCGCCACAUCUCCCUGAGGAACGAAGGCAACAAACCCCUGUCACUGCCCACCGUCUUCUGCCAAAUCAUCCUCAAGACCUACGUACCCGACGGCUUUGGAGCUAUUGUGGAUGCUCUAUCAGACCCAAAGAAGUUUCUGACCAUAGCAGAAAAGAGAGCUGACCAGAUGAAGGCCCUGGGGAUCGACACGAAUGACAUCGCAGAUGUUCCCAGUGGAAGCUCAAAGAACGACAAGAAGGGAAAAGGGAAAGGAGACACGAUGAAAGUCAGUGUGACGCAACAAGCCAGCUCAGAAAUAGCUCAAACCUCCAAUUCCAUCAACAACAACACAACAGAAGCUAAGAAGGAUACUGCACUUGUACCUAAUGUGAGCAUCGAUGACCUAAAGCAAAUGAAGACGUACCUUAAACUGAUAAAAAAGCAGCAGAAGGAGAUCAACACUUUAAAGAAGAAACACUCAAAGGAUCAAAAUUCAAUGCAGAAGUCUCACUGCACUCAAGUGGACAAGAUGGUGUCAACGCAUGAAAAGGAGAAGACGACUUUAGAGAAACUUGUAGAGAAAGCAAUUAAGAAACGAGGUGAGAACAACUGCCAAGAGCUGAAAAAGGAGACGGAGGAUAAGAUCCAAACACUAGUUGGUGAUCAUAAAGCAAAGAUAAAGGACAUCACGGCGCAGCACACUAAGGAAUGGUCGGAGCUGAUCAGUAGUCACAGCUGUGAGGAGCAGGAGAUGAAGGACAGCCAUGUCACCCAGCAGUGUGAGCACCUCAAGAAGCUCCUAACGUCCGUGCAGGAGCAGCAGACCGUACAGCUCAAACUCAUCCAUGAAAGACAGAGCAAAGAGAUGCGUGCUAACCAAGCAAAGACAUCCAUGGAAAACAGUAAAGCUAUCAGCCAGGACAAGUCCAUCAAGAACAAGGCAGAGCGAGAGAGGAGAGUGCGGGAAUUAAACAGCAGCAACACCAAGAAGUUCUUGGAUGAGAGGAAGAGGUUGGCAAUGAAGCAUCAGAAGGAGAUGGAGCAACUGGAGAAAAACCAGAGGGAACAGUUGGAGAAACUGGAGAAGCACAAUGAGCAGCUUUUGAAAUCACAUCAUGCAAACAAACAGGUUCAAGGCCAAGGACAUACAGCAGAUGGUGAAGUUGGAGGAGGAGAUGGACCGCAGACCUGCCACAGUGGUCUGAGCAACUGAGGUCGAGUCACAAACACUCACACAGGUGCAGAAACACUCCCCUGCAGGAAGUCCUGCCAACGCCACUCUCCGACCAGUAAUCUUCACUCACAACCACACCGAAGCCCCGCAUCCUCCUUUGUUGUGCUUCUUGUCUCCUGCACCUUUACCCCACCUCCUAACGUCAGACCACUGAGCCAUUGCUGCGUGUCUAUGUUUAACCAGGGGCUGAACCACUGACAGAGACAGGAAGUGUUACCUCAUAGACCAUGAAACACAGAACCCAAACACACACUACGUAUGUAGAUCUAAAUCAUCAUCAUCAUUCUCAUCUGCAUUUUAUAGACAAUAAAAGCUUUAGCUGUUGGAUGAGCACACUCAUUCAUCGGAUAAAGCAGAUAUCCAUUUCUUUUCUUACUUUUUGUACCCAAUAAAGUCACGCAUACAGCAUUUAAGAGUAGACUUAAUGUCACUUCAGCACAAAUGACUACACUUUGAGAUACACAACAGUCCUGUCCUGAGCACUUUGUAUGAUAGGUUGUCAAGAAAUAUGGGAAAUGUAGCAGUGCACUAUUAUAAGUUCUGUUUUUAUCAAGAAUGUAUUUAAAAAAAACAAAGAUAUUUAUUGACGGUGAAAUCUCCUGUGCAACAUCGGUCUCAAUGAAACUCUGUCAAAGACUCGUGWUUCAGUUGAUUUUUUUUAAAGAUUUUCUAAUGAAAUUUUGUUUUAUUUUUAUUUUAACCUAACGUCCUAUAGAUGGUGCAUUAGCUGGGACACUUUCACGUUUGAAAGUUAAAUAAAACAAUUUUAUUCUGUCAUGUUUCCAUGAGUAAAGGUUUUUAAUACAGUUCUCUACAUACACAGCUGGGCCUCACAAUCAUAUUUACUAUGCAAAAACAGAAGAGUAAUGUCAAAAUCCCAUCAGCUAUUUAGAAAUUCAAUAUUAGAUUUUUCAGCUGAACACAAAAAGUGGUUGAAGUAACCAAAAAAUUAUUUUGUUUUGUUUUUAACUUGAGAUAAUUACCCAAAGGCAAUAACAAUGUAUUAACUAGAAUUUUUUUUUGCAUCUAGGGGGUUGUGCACAUAAAACCGUGAGAACAGAGCCUUACCUUAUUUUGAUACAAUUAAUUAUCUUGUUCUGUCUGUGACAGACUCCUAAAGGGAAAGUUCAGAUUGUUUUAAGUAGGGUUCUGCUGAGAGGUUAUAAGCAAUUAAUAUCUUACCAGUUGUAGAUAAAUAUUUAGACAGCCUCACUUUAGAAAACCAGAGAUUAAUUCUAACCUGACUGUUAGGCUAAAGGCUAAAGGCUUGUUUAUACUUCAUCAGAAGUGCCAAAACAGUAUUUUGAUGAUGUGGUUGUGACAAAUUGCAGCUUUCUGUUCUCACACCACCUACAAGAACCUGUUCUGUGCACAACCCCCCGUCAAAACUAUUUUCUCGCUGGGUAUGCUCCAAGUAUUGUGUGAUUGGUCAGAACUUUGUGGGCGUUUACGUUAAAAUGCAGCUGCAGUACACUUCUCAGAGAAGCAGAUGGCUGAGGCUGUUAGAAAAGACAGACAUCUUUAAACUUACAAAGACAGUCAAAGGAAGGAGAACAAUGUUCGUGUCUGUAAGAGACAGAGGCAGGAACACAUUUCUCCACCGUCUGUUGGAAACUGAUGAUCUCUUUGUGACRCUUAUAAAACAUCACUUCUCCCAAAUAACAGCAGACCUUUAUCAUCUGAAAAUAAACUUUUCCAACGUGCCGUCACUGUUUGUGCAUGUGACGUGGAAGUGCAUACCAGGAGUUCUUGCUACAGUUUCUCUUUAAGUAUAAAAAGGUCCAUGUAAAAAAUAUAACAUAACACAUCACUGAGAAUAGUUAUGUUGUCUCGUGACGUAUGCAGCAGCCUUAAUCUGAGCAAGAACAAACUGGACUACCAUCUUAAAACUGCUCCAAUCUUAAUAUUUCACAGCAGCUCAUCCCAAUGCUAUCAAGCCUUUUGAUUUCUGUCAGUUUUACAUGACAAUUAUUUACAAGUGCAAAUAGCUGUGGCACUUCCUGUGCAGUUUGAGACACUUCCAACAACAACAUCAACAUGCUUCUCUAGGAUUAGUGCUGAAACGGUUUGCUUUAGAAACCGACAGCAGUGACUCACUUUGGUUUUCGUCUCACUAGGACUAGCUGUUAGUUCAUCAGUCUGGUCAAAAUUAAAACUUUAUUUCCUCAAAGUUCAAACAAGUUGUUCAGAUCUUCACAGAACCUCACUUUAAAACAUCUGAACUACGACUGUAAAGCAAUCUUGAAUUGAAAUGCUCCAGUGUGAGGCUCCUGACUGCACUUUAGACCCUUCAACUUGUAAUCCUCCUUAACUCCCUGUUCAGUGUUUUUAAGUUGUGGGAAAUCUGACAAUAUUUAAAGAAAGAAGCACCCACAUGUUAUUCAAACUGACUUAAAUUCACAGUGAUGAUACAUUUUAUAACAAAAAGAGGGGAAAAAACACUUGUAGGUAUUUUUGCCUUUGAACUUGUUUUCCUUGUUUUAUUCUGCUGUAACAAGAAAAGGAGAGGUGGGAUGUUUUUGUAUAUAUUCUACUGGAAUGUAUGUAGUUGAGUUUUCUUUCUGAUCAGCUGUGUUGGGGACAAACGUAUCAAGCACUGGUUGUUUUCUUGUUUUUGUGUUUCCCGGUUUGCCCCUUACCGCACCACAUGAAGCUCUCACCACCACAUAUCUAGUACAGAAAUAAACAAGUAAAAAGUGCUUUUAAAGUUUGUUCCACCGCUUUCAGAUGUGCCACUCAGUGUCUCUUAGGACGUUUAAAUUAUUUUCUGAAAGAUAAAAACGCCAAAUUAAGGGGUUAUUUGUAUGAAGGUAUAUAUAAAUAAAUGAAUAUAUAUUAUAUAUAUUAGACAAUGUGUAGAUUAAGAUUAUUAUGCUAUAGAGGCUUUUUUGCACUAGUUUCUGUUGUGUGAUUUUCAUGUAAUCUCUGGCUCUGUUUGUCCAUAAAGCAGAUUAUUUUUGCAGAACACCUGGUUUCAUUUCUUUAGGUUUUACUGUAACUUGUCUGUUUUCUAUUUGAACUGUAGCUCGUCAGACAUUCUGUGUGUGUUUUUGUAUUUAUAUUGUUAUAUUGAACUUAUAGCAAUGACAAUACUGUUGUUACCCAGCUCCUUUAAUACUGUUUUAUAGUAUGUGUAUCAAUAAAUCCAUGUGUAAGACGGGA